AUGUCUGAAGAAGACGUUAAUCCAAAUAGAUACAAUGAGCUACGAAGCAUCUGUAAAUACCACAUAGAUAUAUACAAUGCGUUAUACCAGCUGAAAACUGAAAAUGAUGAAGAUUUAAAGUCAAUUUACAAACAAAUCAAAACAGAACUGAUUGAAUCAAAGAAACGUCAUCCUAAAAGCAUUAUAAAAGAUAUUUUAAUGAUCAUUCAGUAUAACAAUCGCUAUACAAAGUCAUAUUUGACACUUGCCAAAUUCGUUUGUGAUGAUUAUCAUAUAACAGAAGUCAACGAUAUCCCAAUAGUAUCAAACUUCCUGUUUUAUAAAGAAUAUGGAAUUAAAUUAGACAAAUCUGAUGAUUUCGAAGAAUUUAAACCUGAAAAUCUGGAUAUUCAUACAGAAGACACAAUUUACAGAGCAAUUAUGUAUAAUAACCUAGAAAGAUUCAUCUGCUUCACAGAAAGAGAAGCCUUUGAUAAAGAUCAAAGACUUGAAAGUCAUUUAUAUCCAUAUUCUGAAGUAGGAUAUUCAUUACUUGAAUUAUGUUGUUAUCAUGGAGCAGUGGAUUGUUUCAAGUUCUUAAGAACGAAAUUUAACUCCGAAAUAACUGAAAUAUGUCUGGAGUUAUCAUUUUUAGGCGGAAACAAAGAUAUCAUGAGUGAAUAUUUGAAAUAUCAAAAACCAGAUAAAGAAUGCAUGGAAUAUGCAAUUAUCUCACACAACAUUGAUUUUGUUACAUUCGUAAUGAAUGAAUACAAUUUAAUAAUUAAAUUAGAUUAUUGUAAAGCAUUUAACAAUGUUGAAUCAUUUUUAGUUUAUUUUGAUCAAACUAAUGAUAUUAACAAAUGCUUUCUUUAUUCAGCAAAGUUUGACAUCCCAUCUCUUUGUGAAUAUUUUCUCUCUCAUUGUGCAAACGUCAAUGAAAAAGAUGAAUAUGGAAAAACUGCUCUUCAUUAUGCAGCAGAGAAUAAUAGUAAAGAAACUGCUGAAUUUCUUAUUUCACAUGGUGCAGAUAUCAAUGAAGAAAAUAAUGAUGGAAAAACAGCUCUUCAUUGUGCAGCAGAGAAUAAUAGUGAAGAAACCGCCGAAUUUCUUAUUUCUCAUGGUGCAAACAUCAAUGAAAAAGAUGAAUAUGGAAAACCGCUCUUCAUUAUGCAGCAGUGA